AUGUUCAUCAGGGGACUCUGCAUCUCCUGUAGGCGGAAGACGGGGAGCGUCCCGGUUUACCUCAACGUGUACGAUCUGACGCCAAUCAACGGCUACGCGUACUGGUUCGGUCUGGGGAUCUACCACUCCGGCGUGCAAGGUCCUCACAUCGGUCCCUGCUCCAAUCGCCGGCGGACUAGAUCUCACCAGGUCUGACCUAGGGUUUCUGUUUUUCCCCCUUUGAUCCAGCAGUGCAUGGGGUGGAGUACGCGUAUGGAGCGCACGACCACCCGACGACGGGGAUAUUCGAGGGGGAGCCACGGCAGUGCCCCGGAUUCCGCUUCCGUAAGUCGAUACUCAUCGGUCGGACGGACCUCGGCCCGCGGGAGGUGAGGAUCUUCAUGGAGAAAAUGGCGGAGUCGUACACCGGUUGCUCGUACCACCUCAUCUCCAAGAACUGCAACCACUUCUGCAACGACGUCUGCCUGCGUCUCGUCGGCACGCCGAUCCCACGCUGGGUGAAUCGCCUCGCCAACAUCGGUACGAGCUUCUUCGCUCUCCCUCCAGGUUCUGUGAAUCAUCUGGAUCUGGAUCUGAAUUCCGAUGGUGUCCCCUGCUUGCUGAUUGUUCUCUCAGGAUUACUCUGCAACUGUGUGCUGCCGGUGGGCCUGCACGUGGCUGGGGUGAGGCAUCGCGCUCCCCCCUCCGCCGCGGCCGAGGGAAGCGGCCGGAGGGCCCCUCGCAGGGCGGAAAGGCAAAAGCUCAGGACCAGGUCGGUCAGAUACAUGGUGUCUUCCUCUUCUUCCUCCUGUUCAUCCUCCCCCUCCGACGACCGGACGGAUGCGGACGUAACCUCCGUUACCAGGGCGAGGAGAAGCAAGCAGCAGCAGUCUGCUUCCUUCCCGGCCAUCUGGAAGGUGUAG